GUUCGCGGUCCGCCCGGCGGCGGCGGCGGCAGUUUGGCGGCAGUUUGGCGGCGGGGAGGCGCGGUGGUGGCGGCGGCGGCUCCCGGGACACCCCGGCCCCGCGGGACGCCCGUCCCGCUUCUCGGCCUGAAAUUCCUCUUGCUAGUCUUCCGUUCUGUUAAAUGCUUCGCAAACCAGAGCAAAGGAAAGAGACAUGAAGAGUUGAAUUUCACUGCCUUGUUUGGAACUGGGUGGAAAUCCUGGAGAUGGAUCUCUUAGGAGUCUGUCUUCCAAUUGGGUUAGAUGCACAGGAGCAAUGGAUCGCCCCAGCUACCUGGAAGAGGACUAUUCUAGCCUGGAUGGGCUGGACGAUGACGUGUUUCACUCUGAUGACUUUGGACUUGCAGGUCAGCCUGGUGAGAUGACUGCAACUGGCAUUUUCACACAGAACCAGUCCUACAGCUGCCUUCUGGGGAGGUUUCAACUAUUCCCCCUCACACACUGCUGUGGUCCCGGUAUCAGGCAUCCUGAGCAGCAGGACAAGGCAACUCAAACACUCAGCCCGUCCUCUUCCAGUCAGGAUGUUAUGUUGCCUUGUGGAGUCACUGAAGAGCCCCGGAGACUCUUCUAUGGGAAUGCUGGUUACCGUUUACACGUCCCUCCAGUUGGCUUUGCAUUGGAUCCGCAUCUCCAAGAGGAGCCUCAGGAAGGUCAGCGGGAAGCGCGUGCUGAGGUGCAGAUUGCACGGAAGUUGCAGUGCAUUGCUGACCAGUUCCACCGGCUCCACAUACAGAGGCAUCAGCAGAACAGAAAUCAAGUGUGGUGGCAGCUUUUUCUCUUCCUACACAACUUGGCCUUAAACGCAGAGGCGAACAGGAACCACACUGGGCAGAGGUGAGCUUCGCCCACCUGUUUCAGGCCGCAUCCAGUCUGCAGGGAGCACUGAACAAACACUGGUUCGGGGGCGAGACAUUGCACACCGCCGGCCGGAUGUGAGGACUCUGAAUUUCUGAUACUCGUCUUCAAGUUUGGGGUUUUUUACGGACUCUUCUUUGUUGCUGCCUGCCUCGCGAGGCAGGGAGCUCUUGUCCAACACUGUCAAAGGAAAGCCAGAAUGUGGGUGUGUUUGGUAAAGCUUGCUGCUGGUUCCCGUGCCGGUGACCUCUGUGCAAGGGAGGCAGGUAUUAGACUAAUGGCUUCCUCUGCCCUGUGUGUUAGUCAAUGGUAGAGUGUAGGAGUGUCAUUUUGGCUGCUAGUUAAAAAUGAUGUCUGGGAUUGAUGACUCUAAACAUACUUAGAGUAUCUUCCAGAGCAGAGAUGCUCGAUUUCUCCACAAAGAAAUUUCUUUUUAGCAAUGAAAACAUUCAAGUAGCUUAUAUCCAUCAGGUUGCUUGUUUUCUGCGUGGGUUACUGUUUAUUUCCUUGCACCUUGUGUGAGAGAAAAUUACAAGGAACUCUGAUCUCUUUCUGUUGGACACCAGUUGUGGUUCUCUUACAUGAAGUUGUUCUUUGUCAUUGCCAUCAACAGACAAAAUCAUUUCAGUAGAACAGUCUUAAAAUUAAACCUUCCUGGGGUUGCUGGUGGCUAGUA